UCUAAAGAAAUAAUUAAAAGAGAGAAAAAAGAAAGAAUUAGAGAGCAAAUUAAGAUGGAAGUAAUGCAGGUACUUCACAUGAACAAUGGAGAAGGAGAGACUAGCUAUGCCAAAAACUCCAAUAUCCAGAGGAAAAUAAUAUCAGCAACAAAUUCAAGGCUUAAAGAAGCAGUGAUAAGCAUCUUGUGCAAGAACAAAAAAAUUCCAGAAAGCAUUGGCAUUGCUGAUUUAGGUUGUUCCUCGGGGCCGAACACUUUGAUGGUCGUCACAGAAGUUAUAAAUAUCAUGGACGCAACGUGUCGAAAAUCGGGCAGCUCAUUGCCGGAGUUGAGAAUUUCUCUGAAUGAUCUUCCGGGGAAUGAUUUCAAUGAUCUAUUUAGGUCUUUGCCAGAAUUCUAUCGCAAAGUAAAGGAAGAGAAAGGUUCAGAAAAUUGCUAUGUUGCUGGGGUGCCUGGUUCAUUUUAUGGAAGGCUUUUUCCACUAAAAAGCAUGCACUUUUUUCACUCUUCCUCUAGUCUCCAUUGGCUCUCUCAGGUUCCACUUGGUUUGGGUACUGAAGCAAGGACAGCCCUAAACAAAGGGAAAUUAUACAUAUCAAAUACAAGUCCAAGUGAAGUAAUCACUAAAUACAUGUCACAGUUUCAAAAUGACUUCUCCUUAUUUCUUCAAUCACGUUCGCCGGAGAUGGUUCCCGGCGGGCGGAUGUUGUUGUCGUUAAUGGGGAGGAGCUCUAUUGAUCCCACGGCGGAAGACGGUUGCUACUACCAAUGGGAGCUCCUUGCCCAUGCACUCUCUAUUUUGGUCUCUAAGGGGUUAGUAGAAGAGGAGAAAGUAGACUCCUUUAAUGCACCAUACUAUGCACCAUGCCCUGAGGAAGUGACAAUCGCAGUAGAAAAAGAAGGUUCAUUUGUGAUUAAUCGUCUCGAGGCUUUUGAGGUUGAGUGGGACGCCAGUAUUUCUUUAAAUUCUACACUAUGCGAUAGCGAUGACAAAAAUGGCCAAUUGUGUAUGAAAUCAGCAUCAAGUGGCCAGCAAGUUGCUAAAACAAUUAGGGCUGUGGUUGAAUCAAUGGUGGGGUCUCAUUUUGGAAAUGAAAUUAUGGAUGACUUGUUUAAAGUGUAUAGUGAUCUUGUGGAUGAUUACAUUUACAAGAAUAGAGCCGUUUACAUCAAUUUAGUUGUUUCUCUUACACGCAAAGGAUAAUGUUCUAGACAUCUAGUAGCAAAACAAAAUGAUCAAUAUGUAAACUCCACAUGUCAAUAAGGGGUUGGAUCAUUUUCUUUUUUUUCUUUCUUUCACGAAUGUCAAUUGAAACAAAAUGUAUCAAGUAGUACAUUAUUGUAACACAAUAAAAAUUCAUCCUUGUUCGAUAUUU